ACGCUGCUCAGACCCCAGACGGCGCAUUAGCGGGGUCCACACAUGCGCACUACCACACAGAAGCCUCGGGGACGCGCACUAGUGCGAGCGGGUUGUUGCACGUUCGUAGCGGUUUGCACUCUUUUACACCACCGUGCAGAGCAGCGGCUCGUAUUGGUGCGAAUCUCUCCUCCAGCACUUGCUUAGUCUCAACGGCAGGGCGCGCGAGAGAGCGGCGCCUCUUCUGUGAAUUAUUUACGACCCGUGCCGUAUGCCAGCACCGAUGUACGUCUCUGUGGUGUCUGCCGUAGAACCACAACAACAAAAGGAAUUGUCGGUCCGCCGGCGUGACGUCAUUACAGGAAUACGGAAGAAGAUCCUAAAAGGAGCUGCAGGCGAGAUGGGGAAGAAACAUAAGAAACACAAAGGCGACAAGCACGGCUAUGAGGGCAAGGAGGAAGUGCGCUCACAUGCUUUCUUCUCAGAAUAUGUGGAAAAACCGUUAAAACUUGUCCUCAAAGUUGGGACUGGAGAGGUGAAGGAGCUGUCCACAGCCCGGGCUACAGCUCUUCCACAAGGCUUCCAUGAAGACAAGACAGACCAUGAUAAACACAAAGACAAGAAGAAGAAGAAAAAGAAGAAGAAUGAGAAAACAAUCGGGCCUGGUGAGGAAAAAAAGAAGAAAAAGGAUGAUAAGAAGAAGAAAGAUAAAAGUCAUCGUGAAAGUGACCCAGAUAAUGAACAUUCACUCCAUUCACCGCUUAGACCUGAUUUACCAGCAGUAUCUCUUCCAGAUUCUUCCUUACUGAAGCCUGAAGAAAACCAGACUCCACUGCAAGAGGCAUUGAAUCAGCUUAUCAGACAGCUGCAAAGAAAGGAUCCUAGCUCUUUUUUUGCAUUCCCUGUCACAGAUUUUAUUGCUCCUGGUUACUCAAUGAUUAUUAAAAACCCAAUGGACUUCAGUACUAUAAAGGAAAAGAUUAAGAACGAUACAUAUGAUUCAAUAGAAGAACUUAAGGAAAACUUCAAACAAAUUUGCCACAAUGCCAUGAUUUACAACAAGCCUGGAACCAUUUAUUACAAGGCUGCCAAAAAGCUGCUGAACUCUGGAAUGAAGAUCCUUAGCCAGGAGAGAAUCCACAGUUUAAAGCAGAGUAUAGAUUUUAUGGCAGAUCUUCAGAGCAGUGGGAAGGACAAUCCAGAUGCUAAGGAAAAUGUGAAGGAACCCAAAGAAGAAUCGAUGGACACCAGUGAUGUUGCUGCCUUCAAAACCCCAGUCAAAGAUUUUAAAAGAAAAGAUAAGGACCAGUCCGAAGACAAGCAGAGGCUAAAUGAAGGAGCUUCAGAAAAAGACCAGGAACAGAUCGACCAAAUCAUCAGAGAUUCUUUAGGCAAAUUAACAAAGAGAACAAUCAGCACUCAGCUGGAGUUCGAGAGAAGGAAGCAAGAUGGGACUACAACCCUGGCCCUUCUGAACCCCGGGGACACAGCAUUGGAAGCAGGUCAUGGAAGUGCCAUUCUUGGGUCUACAGCUGGCCGGCUGCAAACGGGAGUAAAUUGCCUCCAAGGAUUCAAGGAAGAUAAACGUAACAAAGUCACUCCGGUGUCAUACUUGAACUAUGGACCAUUCACCUCCUACGCACCAUCCUAUGACUCGACCUUCGCAAACAUUGGCAAGGAUGAUUCUGAUCUAAUAUACACAAUGUAUGGAGAAGAGCCCAGUCUUCAGGGAACUUUCAGCUUACAAGAAUUCUUGGAGAAUAUAAAGAGCCAACCUUAUGGGAUGGUGGACUGUAUCCUGGAUGCGUUCAGUAAUGGAGAAUAUUCCAGAACAGAAAGAGAGCAGAAUAAGGCAACAGUGAGUGAAAGCUCAGCGAAGCCAGACUGUGUUGGCACCACUGACCAAUUUGCAAGUUUAAAGUCUGUGUUUGGUCUGGAAUUAUUUGAAGAGACCUUUGAUUCUGAAGGAGCACAGAAGUUCCAGAGGAAGUUGGAUGAAACCACUAAAUUAAUCUGUGAGUUACAAGAGGUUCAGAAUGAGCGUCUGAGUACAAAGCCUCCUCCGAAUAUGGUUUGUCUGCUAGCUCCAUCUGUAAAGGAAGUUCAAAUUGCGGAAAAAGUAAAUGAGAACCUGAAAGAACUGACCCAGCAAGUGAACCCAGGGGAUGUUGUCAGUGUUCCUGGAAUCCGGAAGGCUAUGGGAAUCAUCACGCCAUAUGUAGACACAGAAGAGAUGGUGGUGGAUCUGACAACAGCAGAUACCCAAGAAAGCCAGGCAAUACCUAAAAACGGAAGCGAGUGUCUGCAACUUGUCAUAUAGGAACUAAGAUGGACCAAACUUGUAUAUUUGUACAAUUGAACUUUUACUUCAAUAAACCUGUUUUUGUAAUUGGCGUAUCAGAGAUUUAUUGGCUGCAGAAAGGUUAAAAAUUAGAAAGAGAUUCAUGGCAUCUAAUGGCCAUAUCCA